AAUAAUACAAGUAAUGAACGAUCUGCAAGAUGACAAUCCAUAAUACUAAUUUGACGAACAACACGACUCAACUCAAUAAAUAGAAGAACCUACAGCUUCCUAGGCGAUUCCAGUCAAUCAAUAAAAUAUCUCAUUAGAUAACUCUGUUCCAGCAAGAACAAUUAGUGAAGCCUCAAGUGAAGAGAGAAAACAAUUCCUAAUACAAACUCUGAAAAUCUUGGCUGUACAACAAAUAUUCUAAUUGUCACUGGCCUUGGGUUUUGCAUUUGUAGAAGAGUGGGGAUUCUGUAGUAAUUUCUUCCUAUUCCUUUUCAUUUCGUAGAGUUUAGAUUUGUAUAUAGCCACAUUUAAGGCAAGGGGAAUAAAGAAAUAGGUAAUAAACUGCAUAAAUUAUAGGAAAACGUAAUGAAAUUGUAAUGGAUAGGCUGGAUGAUAUGCUAUUCAUUUGCAACAACUUUAUUUUCUACUUUAAUGAACGUGUUGUUCUUCGGGUGGUAUUUUUAUUUACUAUUCCUACUAACAACAUUCUUAUUUCCCAUAAUAACCUUGGGGAUGGUUAUUCACAUUUCAUCAGGACGUGUAUGCAUAAAUACAAAAUGUAUAUAAGAGAGUUUAGUAUUUUAUAGAAUAUUCGCUGAUAUACUGUGUUUUGAUCUUCUUCUUGGAUCUCUGUAUUUCAGUAUUUAAUGAGGGAUAUGUUCCUUUUGGAUUUCUGCUUGCAGAGGGACUAGUUUAUUUAUAUGGAUUGUAUUUAACAUUCAUAAAUGUUCAAAUUUAGUAUGUAAGAAUUAAUUUGAAUUUAAGCCAGUCAAUGACUUAUCACUUAACUUUCAAUAGGAAGAAACCAAGUUCAAUUAAAUGAUGAACCUGCUUGAUAGAGGAACCUAAAGAUUAUCAGUGGGAGUGAUUCCAAAUGAAGCUUAGGAGAUAACAAUGGAGGACAUCAAGAAAUAGAGUAUUGGUUAAAGAUUGCUAAAGUUGGCCAUUCUGUAAUCAUUCUGUUUAACUUUCUACAUCCUCCCAAUAUUGUAUUUGGUCUUAGUGAUUUGGUUCAUAGUGAUAGCUUACAAGACUGACACAAAGUUUGUAUAGAUUGGGAAGAAGUACGAAGUUAAAUUGAAUGAACAAUUUGUUGCUCCAAUAUUAAUCAACUUGGAUAUUUUGGGAGGAUUCAAAUAUGCAACGGAGUGAAUAUGUAUAAAAAUAUCAAA